AUGCCUGAGCUUACCGUUCCUGGUGCUAUCCUCCAUUACGAAACGUUCGGCACCUCUGGGCCCGUUCUUGUCUUCAUCCCCGGAGCCGAUGGCCGUGGGAGUAUUUUCCACACUGUUGCCAAAUCUCUCGCCGCCAGCUUUACUGUCGUCUGCUGGGAUCGCCGUGGAUACUCACAGAGCUAUCUUGUUGGCAAACAAGAUUUCGAAAACCGGCUGCAAACCGACGCUGACGAUGCACAGCGUCUAAUAGCCCACGUCUCCCGUGAUGGCACGGCUAUUGUUUUCGGAACGUCAUCAGGCGCUGUCGUUGCACAACAGCUCCUGGCCACCCACCCUGAUUGUGUGGUCAAGCUCAUCUCCCACGAGCCGCCAGCCUUUGUUGCCCUGGCCAAAGAGUUUGAACUGCAGGCAAGCGGACUUAUCGAUCACAUCUACAGCACAUACAGAGUUCAGGGUCCUGAGGCAGCCAUGGAAGCUUUUACCUCUGGCUUGUCUGAAGGCCCCGAUGCGAAGAUGAUGAGUCAUUGCAUGAACACAAAGCGCGGAGACGAGAUCCGCGCCAAUUGUCUCUUUUGGUUCGAAUUUGAGCUGAGGCAGUAUACUAGUGCGUCAGUCGACAUUGAAGGGCUCGACAGGUCAAAGGAAAAGUUGAUUCUUACCGCUGGAGAUGAAAGCAGUGACGGUCCAGGUGCAGGACCAAUCAAGGCUAUUGCUAUGAGGUUGGGCAAGGAGGUUCUGAGCAUUCCUGGCGGUCACGUGGGCUACAUGACCGUCCCAGAUAUGUUUGUGAUGAAGAUAGCGGAACUGCUCAGGGAAUAG